AUGAAGAGGAACAAGCAGAUCGACGUCAAGCGCGCCCUCGCUCUGGCCGGGACCUUCAACUUCCUGUGCUGCUGCGCUCGUGCCUGCCUGCUCCCCUUCCUCACGCUGUACUUCAGACAGCUGGGUCUGACCCCCACCAUGACGGGCAUCGUCAUGGGCACCAAGCACCUCAUAUUGCUGGUCUGGAGCCCUGCGGCGAGCCAGCUCUCCAAACACUACGACAAGAGGGUCAGAAGAAAAGCUCGGAGAAAAGACGACACAGGAAGAGAAAAAAGAAAGCCGUACGAGUAUCUGGACUUUGCGUAUGCCUCGGACCGCUACAGCAGCACCCGGCCAGACCUUACUGCACAGCACUGUGGAGAUAGAGCUGGCAAUCUGAGACUACACAUUGAGAGACACACCCAGACAGCCACAACAGCAUAUACAACAAACACACACACUUACAGUUUAAAGUGUCUUUUUGUAGGUGCUGCCAGCAAAAGGUUUGGAAUUGAUGAAGAACGGGAGGCUGUCCCUUUAACACUAAAGGUUGCCUACAACAAGGUGGCUGUUAGCGGGAGGAGCCAGUGGACGCAGACAGAGAUGGUUUGCACAUCGAUAAAUCUUUACAAAGCCUGCCGGAAACCUGAGCAGCUAGAUUCAAGAAUAGAAAGUCUGCAGCUGACAAUGACAGAAGUCCUGAAGAGGCAGUGCUCCAAGUCUAAAAAGGGCUACAAUCAGCACAUCUCCGUCUCAGAGGCGAAGGUGGACAAGGUGCAGGUGAACGGCGGAGACGAUGAGACAACCUUUGCUGUGUGUCUGGAUCAGGAUGAGAAGUUCAUCCAAAGUGUCACCAGGUACAAGAGCAUCAUUAGACAUGAGAGUGGUAUCAAUCUUCUCAUCCUAGGCUACAUGCUACUGCUACGUUUUCAUUUGGAAGUAGCAUUUUGA